CCGCCCUGCGCUGCUCCGAGGAGGAAAGCGGUUUGUGAGCACGGGUGUCUGCUGUCUGGGAUGCACCCCAAGCUGCAGUAGGAAGGAAGAACCCUUUUCUCCCACUGUGAGCAUUGUUAGUGCAGCGCAGAAUGAGCACUGGCCCGCCGGCUGUGCCGAGAGGUACAACUAGUGCAUUGACUUUCCUGGAGUUAAUUUUGAGCAGUAAAUGGAACCAGCCUGAUCUUUGGAGGAGCUGAUUAGAAAGCUGACUGACUAACAUGAGCUGGAGUUUCCUAACACGUCUUCUGGAGGAAAUCCACAACCAUUCCACCUUUGUUGGUAAACUGUGGCUGACUAUACUCAUUAUAUUCCGCAUUGUGCUGACUGUGGUUGGUGGGGAGUCUAUUUACUAUGAUGAACAGACCAAGUUUGUUUGCAAUACUGGACAACCAGGCUGUGAGAAUGUUUGCUACGAUGCCUUUGCUCCAUUAUCCCAUGUGAGGUUUUGGGUGUUCCAGAUAAUACUCAUUGUGACCCCGUCCAUUCUAUACCUGGGUUAUGCUGUGCACAAAAUUGCUGCAUUGGAAGAACCUGAGUAUGGAGCCAGAAAGCCAAAGAAGCUUCAGUAUGCAGUGCAGUGGAAGCAACAUCAUGCUUUGGAGGAGGCAGAGGAUGAUAACAUUGAAGAUCCAAUACUAUAUCCAGAAAUAGAACUACGUAGUGAUAAAGAAAACAGAGAUCGAAAGAACUUGAACAAGCAUGAUGGAAGGCGCCGCAUUAAAAGAGAUGGUCUUAUGAAAAUCUACGUUCUCCAGUUGAUUGUAAGAACUGUGUUUGAGUUGAGUUUUCUUGUGGGCCAGUAUAUGCUGUAUGGCUUCGAGGUGGCAGCAAGGUACAAGUGCGCCCGGGAUCCAUGUCCUCAUCAGGUAGAUUGCUUUGUAUCCAGACCAACUGAAAAGACUAUUUUUCUGCUAAUAAUGUAUGGAGUAAGUGGCCUCUGUUUACUUGUGGAUAUCUGGGAGAUGAUUCAUUUGGGAUUUGGAAUGAUAAGGGAUAUAUUAAAAAACAAACAAAACUCUAUGGCAGAGACUAGUUACAGUCUACACAAUACCUGGAAUGCUCCUUCAGCUCCCCCAGGUUACAAUAUUGCAGUCAAACCAGAGACCAUUCCAUACACUGAGAUUGCCAAUGCCAAAAUGGCUUACAAGCAAAACAAGGCGAAUAUUGUGCAGGAGCAGCAAUAUGGUAGCAAUGAUGAAAAUGUCCCAGUCAACUUGGAAUGUGUGCAACAACAGUUGAAAUUGGCCCAGGAGCAGUUGGAUUUGGCUUUUCAGGUUUAUAAUGAUCACAAUCAUCCUUCAAACCAUUUAAGAGAAAAGAAGAAGGCAGGUUUAAACAAAAGUAGCACCAGCAGCAAAUCUGGAGAUGGGAAAACCUCAGUUUGGAUUUGAUAAGUUUGUUUCUUUUACUCAGUUACAAACUUGUCCAGGCUAGGGUUAAAUUGGGGUUGCUGAUCAGUGAAGCUUGAAGGGACGGAAAGGCCUGCUUUGUGCUGUAUCUCAGUUUUUUAAAAAAUAAUUUGGAUAUAAUCUCAAGAAUGACUUGCAGACAUUAUUUUUAAAUAUUCAUUUUGUUGAAAAGCCAACAUAAAUCAAAAUACAGUCUGUUACAGUAAUGCUUAUUCCUUCAGUGGAACAAGGAACUAGGCAAUCAUAGCAAUAAACUGCACUACAGAGUCAUGAGUCAAUUUUUACCAGAGUUCAGAGCAGUUUUGAGCAAAAAUUAAUCAAACUUAGUCAUCUUGCAGAGUAUGAAACAUGAAAAGGUGCCUUUUUGUUUUCUAGUUACUGAAAUAGAUAUGAUGUGGCUUUCCAAAUUCUUGAAAAAAAUGGACAUUUUGUUUUGGACUCUGUGCGUGUUUGGAGUUGAGGCUUCAAAUUGUACUCUUCAAUUGUUUGAGGAAAUGUAACAUGUCAUUGCAUCAUCCAUGCAACUUAUCCUAGUUUUAUAUAAUUCAGAUUUUUUUUACAGAAAAGUUCACACACAGGAGAUUUUGUAUUAGAUGUUUUCUCUGCAUGUUUUAAAUAUACUUUGGAAUUGUAACUACAAAUAGAAUUCUUUUUUCUAUAUGUCAC